GUUGUGUUUUAAAAUAUUCCAAGCUGGCUGGGCAGGUGGGUGGGUCCAGCCAGCUCCAUUUAGCACCUUGCAGUAACAGUAGCUUAGAUUCCAAAUCUAGACCAGGCUACACAUGGUUGUGCUCUAUUUCCUCUAGUUUUGGUAUUCUCAGAUAGCUCUGAAGUGCCUAGCAUAGGCAUGAGCUGUAAAGUAAGGGAACUGUAGCACUAACCAAGAGGGGUGUGUCCUGGCUCUAGCCCUGACCUGCAGAGAUGGACACCUCACACUGGGCCACUCACUGCCUCUGUGACGCUGGGCACUUUGGAACAAGAAUAUGGAAGUUCCACCUAAGUACGAAACUGCAGGAAGGAUUAACAUAUCCUGCUGAAAGCUGCACUGCCAAGGUGGCACCAGUCUGAAAAUGCCUAUGUGUUUUUCAGCCCCACAGCCUGAUUGCUAAAUAUAGCUAUCUAGACAACUACAUACUUCAAGCAAAAAAGCAGCCAGUAAACAUGAAGCAGUCUUUCCACCCAAGAAGACAGCUUGUGGUUGAUAGAUGUUCUUAGCAACUCCAAACUGCCACCAUCACUCUAGGCAGCAGACAACUGUAAAUGACAAAGCAAGUUUAGCUUCCUCCGCAUCAGAGAAUUCCUCAGUGGUAACGAAGCUCUGCGAUACAUUUUCUUCUCUAUGCUGUAAACCACUUUCUACUGCAGGAUGGGCAGCUUUCCAGCCCUGCUGCUCCUACUGGGCCUACCAGGAUCGCACGUGGCAGGAGAGGACACGCAUGUGUUUCUGCAAGUAGAGGGAGAGUCCUUCAGAGUUAACUGUUCAUAUGACGUGCACAAGCAUUCACAUGAGAAGAAAUUCUGGUGCAAGGAACAAUCAGGAAAAUAUUGUCCAGACUUAUCCUUGAGCUUCCCUUUAGAAGAAAGGACCGAUGCUAACCGUGCACCCUCUCGUCCAGUUGACCUGAGAGACUUCGGAGAGGGCUGGUUUUCUGUAAUCAUGACAGCACUUCGAAAUGAGGAUUCUGGCACAUACCAGUGCGGGGUUUGGGUUAAAAUGAAGCAAGUUUUGCUGCAAAGAAUACAGAUGGUGGUUUCACCUAAGGAACCUGUAACAGUAUUUGCAAAAAGAGGGAAAUCUCUGCUCCUCCACUGCUCCUAUUCUGUGACAGUCAACAUCGGAGAACUUCAACAUUUUAUUUGGUGCAAAAUGGUGUCCCAAAUUAGAUGUCAACCUAUUAUCAGAGGUAACGCUGAUCAAAGUAUUGUUAAAGUAGGGAGGACUGAAAUGAUGAAUGACUUCUCAUGGAAAAUGAUUAGAGUGUGGCUGAAAAAGCUCCAACUUAAUGACUCAGGAGAGUAUCAUCUUGAGAGCCGUUUCCAGGGGAGAAACAAACUACUGAAGAGGAUCACACUGAAAGUUUUGGGGGAAAAUUGGAAUAUGGAUGCCAGCCCCACAGAUGACAGCAGAAAGGACCAGAGGACUGUCUACGCUGUCAUGGCCUUGAUUUUCUUCCUGGCUACAGCUGCCCUGAUUGCUACUGUUACGCUCAUCACCAGCUACAUCAGGAAGAAAAGGGCAGGAAAAGAGAUGGACUUUGACAGACAGCCUGCUUUCAGAAAGGGAGUGCUGCAGGAAGGAAGAAAAAAAGCAAGUAGAAUGCUGGAUGGGGACCACAGUGAGAGUACGAUAUAUGCUGCAAUAAGACACCAACCUCAACCAAAACCAGAUGAUAUGUAUGUCAACAUACAGCCUUCACCGAAAGUUUUCUUCCUUUGGGAACCAUCAGGGAGCUCACUUCCCUCGGGGCCUGUAGAAUACGCUACUGUUAUCUUCAAGGCCACAACUCCACAACCUGAAAUUGAAGAGAGAAAAGCAGGUCCACUGAAAGAAAGCAGCACAAAGCCUUCAGCUUAUUGAUAGAAUGUUGCUGAACUGAGCUUAGAAACAGCCCGCUUGUAACCAGUUGUUGGAGAUGGAUACACACGGGAUUGCUCAAAGCAUGAGACACAUGGAUGCACAAACCUUCCCUGAACAAACAACCAAACUUUUCUAACAGUACAGCAGCACAAUUCAGCUAUCAUUAAACAAACGUUGUGAAAGGCUGUGGCAUACUCGCUUGCUGUACAUGGCUCUAUUUUUAAGCAAUGAGCAACUAUAAGCCCAAAUUCAGGAAACAGGCUGUCCCUGAUAGCAGCAGAUCCAGUGCCACAGUCAGCAACGGGCUGCGAGAUACAGGAGUGCAGCACUUCCGUUUAGAGUUCCGACCUCUACAGCUCACUUAAAUAUCUGCAUAUAAAAUGUUAAUUACUGCCCACUGAUUAGGUCUAAAACAGUAAAGUGGUAAAGCACCUGCUGAAUUUUAGCACAGUUGUUGUUUCAUGUGCUUCAGAGAGACAAGUGCUCUCAAUGUGUUUCACCAAACCAGGGCUUCGUUGAAUAAUAUUUGUCCACACUACAAAAUGUCUUCAGUCUGAACGUACAGGUGCAGAACUUAGACUGUACAUAAAACUUUGGAUCUCCUUGCCUUCCUUGCUUGUUUGCAUGCUACAGUAUAAAUCUGCCUUGGCUCUGCUAUAAAUUACACUCACUUUGAUCAAA